AUGGCGAUAGAGCUGGAGCUGCUGAGCGAGACGGAGCUGCAGUCGAAAGCUCCCGCUGGGCGGCGCUUCCCCGUGGGAUGUCCAACGCUCGACCUGGCGGCAACCUGGGACCAGGACGACAAGAACUUGCUCAUCUAUCGACCGCCGGAUCAGAUCGUGUCCAAGAUCCAUCAGGCUGCUGCUCCGGGCGAGGCGGCGCCCGAAGUGUGCUCGGUCUCAUGGAGACCAGAUGGCCAGUUCCUUGCUCUGGGCUGGAGCGACGGCGUGGUGCGGCUGAUGGGCCUGGAAAACAACAAGGCUGCCCAUCAGAUUCCCGUCUGCGACAAGGCUGAGGCAACCAUCACGCACAUCGGCUGGUCAACCGCCAUCAUCGCGACCAAGUCAUACAACGCCGUCUCCAGCAAGCUCGCGGACCAAGUCACCGAGGGAUGGGCCGAGCAACAGCAGGGUGGCAAAGUGCCGCUGGACCUGCCCCAGGAACUCACCUUUCUGGAGGUUGAGACGGCGUUGCCCAAGAUCAGUCCCUUGCCGAUGAGCAGUGCGGGUGCAGGCGAAGAUGCCACCGUCUUCACGCUCCGCAGCGGCAUCGACUUUCUCUUUCGCGCGCCAAAGCGGGACACCUACAAUCAGGUCAAUGUCAUGAUCGUGGGCACCAGCGACGGCAAGCUGCAGCUGAGCAUCUACGACUCCUUCAUCAUCGGCACAUUCCCUCAGCCAGCACUGGAUUCUUUGGCAUCGAGUCCAUCCGAUACGGCCCGCAUGAUACACCACGCAUCUCAUCCGCAAGUAUCAACCCGCGCGCUCAUUUUCGCAGAAACGCAAAAUGAGCCCCCAGAGCUCCAUCUCGUCCCCAUGGAUCUGCCUUUUCUCUCCUUUUCCCCCAUCAACUUGUCCCUCUUAUCCUCCAAACUCACCACACUACAAGCCUUGCUGCGGUAUCUGAAGCAGAUAUCGCUUCAUAUGCAGGUAGAGUGGAAGAACGCAAGAGAGCUCCCGGCUCGAUUCAUCCGCAGCGUCCAAGGCGAUCUCGAGGGAAUGGAAAAGGGUCCCCGUGACAUUGUCUCUGCCCUCUUCCACACCGCGAUAACCGGCCAUGCUUACCCAGUCGUACAUGAAUGGCUCGUCGACAGCCUAGCAGAAAGGGGCCACAAACGCUGGGACAAGGCCGUCGUCUCCGGCCUCGAAGGCCUCCGCAGCCUCGUCCACCAACACUUCCUCCCCGCCCUCGAGCGCUGCGCCAUCAUCCUCAGCCGCCUCCGCGGCCUCGCCCGCUUCCACAGCGACCGCGAGGACAUUGGCCUCUCCGUCCCGCACCUCAACCGCGUCCUCGACAUCGUCAGCUGCCUCACCCUCGUCGGCCACAAGGUCCUCAUCCACACCAUGGACGAGCUCCAGCACUUCUCCGCCUUCUCCGCCUGGCUCCGCUUCCAGAUCGACCAGCUCGCCGCCGGCGGCGGGCCCGGCGGCGGCGGCACCGCAAACGACGAGCUCACCGACAAGGAGGCCAUGAUGGACCACACCAAAGUGCUCACCUACAUCGAGCGCUACCUCACCAACAGCCCGCUCGACAUCUUCCUCGACGAGGUCACCAAGGACGACUACGCCUCGGACUGGACCUUCAUCGACGACGGGCCCUCCUCGCUGCUCGACGUCCUCGACAAGCAGCUCAAGAAGCACGAGGCCGGCCAACCCAGCAUGAAGGCCCUCCCGCACGUCGACUUCCUCGUCAACUACGCCACGACCUGGUCCAACCGCAUCUUCGGCAGCGUCGCCGAGGCAAAGCGCCGCAGCGUCCGCUUCGGCACGCCCCUGAAGCUGGCCAUUGGAGGAUAUCCCAUUGCCAAGAUGGACGUGAAGAUGUGCAGCGCCGACAAGCGAACAGGCACAAUCUUUACGGCGCUCGCGUCCCAGCAGGAACCGCACAAGGUACAUCUCUUCCGGGUCAACAUGGCGAUCACCAACGGCAUCAGUGAUAACCAGUCCGCGGAAACGUGCGUCAUCGACCUCGGCACGCGAUCCCUUAUCGACAUGAAGUUUCUCAACGACAAGACUCUCAUUCUUUUCUGCACCAACAAAGACCACACCCCCCUCAUCCUCUCCAUCCCCGUCCAAGACGACCAAAAACUCGCCUACAGCACCUACGACCCCACGAAGCCCACCCCCACCCAGACAUCUUCAAGAACAAACACCAAGCCCUUCCACAGGUACACCCUGCCCUCGAGCCACCACGCGCUUCGUCCCGUUCGCAUGGAAGUCCACGACGAGAGCCACGUGCGAGGGGACUUGCCCGCCCGGAUCUGUCUCUUGGGUGCUAACCGCACAACAUGGCGGACAUAUAAACUUCCGUCCGAGGGCUGA